AUGGUUGAAGAUGCAGCUAAUUUCCAUCAUCAGCAGCAGCAGUAUCAGCAACGACUGAACUCCUCUUUCUUGCUUAAUGAUGAGUUUGAUUUGCUCCAUCCACAUUUCUCUUCAGAACCCUACUCGAAUUCAUCUCCAUCCUAUCCACUCCCUCUUAUUAGCUCCGAAACGGUGCCCCAUUUUGCUGCGCGAUCUGUCGAAACUCCUCAAUCGUUCACCGAGAGGCCCUGGAAACAGCUCAAGACCAAGAGCUGGAACUCUACCCGGGCAACGGAGGACAAAACAGUGACUUGCAACUCCCCGUCUCAGUCUCGGUCUCCUGACUCCCGCUUGAUAUCAUUCGGGAACCCCGAGUCGUCUCUAGCCAUGUCCAACCCCUUCUUUGGUACUUAUGAAAUCCAAGAUCGUGAGGGUCCACAGAUGAGAAGUGCCGGCACGACGAGCAGAAUGGCGGUUCGCCCACCAGAUCACAUGCUAGCCGAGAGGAAGCGCCGCGAGAAGCUCAGCCAGCAUUUCAUCGCACUCUCAGCUGUCAUUCCCAACCUUAAGAAGAGGGACAAGUCUUCCGUCCUCGAGGAUGCCAUCAAGUACUUGAAAGAGCUUCAACGAAGCGUCAAGACGCUCGAGGAGGAGGCGGCGGUGAAGACCGUGGAGUCGGUCGUCAUGGUGAGGAAGUCCCAACCCACUAUGGAUGCGAACUCUUUUAGUCAAGGUGACCAGCAACUCUCGCUCCCAGAAAUCGAGGCACGAGUCUCUGGAAAGUGCGUCCUCAUAAAAAUCCAUUGCAAGAAGCGCAACGGGUUUUUAUUGAAAAUGAUCGGCGAAAUAGAGAAAAUGAACCUAACUGUUGUGAAUAGUUGUGUUCUACCCUUUGGGACCUCCAUACUAGAUGUUACCAUCCUAGCUCAGAUGGACGCGGAAUACAGCAUGAAGAUGGGGGAUCUCGUGAGGAAUCUGCGUCGAGCUUUUCCGGAGUUCAUGUAA